AUGACGUUGUCCACCACAUUCGCACCUCUGGCCCCCCCAGUAUUCGCACGGCCUAGACGACUGGCUCCGUCCCGUCUGCAAGCGGCGAAGGCCGAGUUUGAACAUAUGCUGCAACUGGGAAUAAUUCGGCCGUCCGAGAGUCCAUGGGCGUCCCUUCUGCAUAUGGUGCCCAAGGCGACAUCAGACGACUGGCGGCCCUGUGGUGACUAUCGCGCCCUCAACAAUGCGACCAUCCCGGAUCGUUAUCCCGUCCCUCAUCUUCAAGAUUUUGCUGGAGCUCUUUUUGGCAAAUCGGUUUUCUCGAAGAUUGACCUUGUUCGGGCCUUCCAUCAGAUUCCUGUCGCUCCUGAGGAUGUUCCCAAAACUGCCGUCACCACACCAUUCGGCCUGUUCGAAUUUAUUCGCAUGCCAUUUGGUCUUCGCACUGCUGCCCAAACAUUUCAGAGGUUCAUUGACCGAGUCCUACGUGGUCUCUCGUUUGUGUACGCCUACAUAGAUGACCUCUUGGUAGCCAGUCGAAAUGCUGAGGAACACAAAGAGCAUCUUGCCUUAGUGUUUGACCGCCUCGAUCAGUUUGGCGUGGUCAUUAACCCUUCGAAGUGUGUUCUGGGUGGGCCGUCCCUUGAUUUUCUUGGUCACCAUGUCGAUGCACAAGGUUUGCGUCCCCUCUCUUCCAAGGUUGAGGCCAUUCGUGACUUUCCUCCACCAACCUCCAAGCGUCAGCAGCAACGUUUCCUUGGCAUGGUAAACUUUUACCGCCGGUUCCUACCGAACUGUGCCGACCUUAUGCUGCCACUCACCAACUUGCUCUCUGGUCCCAAGGGUCCCCUUGAGUUACGUGGCCACGCGCUGACUGCAUUUGAGAGACUAAAGACCUCCCUUGCUGAUGCUACCUUGCUCACUCAUCCUGCUCCAGAAGCCCCAUUGUCCCUGAUGGUUGAUGCUUCGACCGUUGCCGUAGGAGAAGUCCUCCAACAGCAUAUCAACAACUCGACACGACCGUUCUUGCCAUUUACCUAG